AUGUUGGAUCAAGAUCAAGUUACCAGGGAAAUAUCGGAAGUGUUGCUUAUUUCCAAAAUCGAGCUGGAACAAGCCGCGAUGCAAACUUCGUAUGCCCUGUAUUCCCCGUUGACUUUGAACAAAAAGCGUAGACAGAAAAAAAAGGAUACCGUUUUUUAUGGGUCUGACGACGAAUCUGAAAGAAUCCAACGGCAGGAGUAUAUUGAAUGGAUAACCCAUGUCGAUUCAUCUGACGAGCUAUUUGAAGAAUUUCAAGAGCCGGGCACAUCUUCAUCGGAGCCCUCGGAUCAUGAGGACAUUUCAUUGCCUCAUACGCCAAACCAGCAGGCUGGAAGGGGGGAACGCAGACAUUCCAGCAGACUAUCAUAUGCAUCGACAGAAGAUGAGGUUGAUGCUUCUUUGGUAAGAGUCGCCACAAGACGCUCCCGGAUUCUUCCCAUCGAUAUGGAUGAUAGCGAUGAGCAAGACCAAGCCUCCUCUGUUUUCGGCUCAGAUAAUGAGAUCGAUUCCCCCCAUCGCCCCAGGCCACUUUCGUCGCCCAACAAGCGAAAAAAAGCUACAAAAAAGAUCCGGUCCAAAAAUGUGGGCGAAAUUGAAGAGGAGGAGGAGGAGAUUGGCGACACCGUUGCAUAUUUUCCUCAGGGCCACGAGCUAUUUAUUCGCACUGCGAAGUCGAGUCCUGCAUAUGCUGAUUUGGUGCAUCAAUUUGAGCCUUUGCUUCCUUAUGUUGGAAACUCGUUUUCUUCCGUGGUUGCUUUGAAAAUAGAGUCCAUUCAAUGCUACACGAACAUCGUCCAUUGGGUUCAAUUGGAUUGCGUCGUUUUGAACGACGAAAAUGCGUCACUGGUUGGACAGUCCAUUUACGUCCAAUAUUUUGACUUGAAUGUGCCAGACUUUAUUAUUCUUUGGGAAAGCUACGAGUCUUCAAUAGAAUCGUAUGGCUCCACGCAUGUCAAUGACGAGAUCAAGGUGGUUUUUUCGGAAACCGAAAUCCAUCCCGCUACCGUGGCUUCGAUCUCCUAUUCUGCCGAUCCAAGAUGGCCAUUUUCGCCGUGGCAGGCGUACUCUAUUGUUUGGAAAGAUGCAAAUGGUGCUGAUGCCAAUGGCUUUGAGGCCCAGGAGCAGCCGCUUCUUGAUAGGUGCAGCAUAUGGGAAAGUCUUGAUGCAGAAAGAAAGUGCACUGAUGAGCUUUCCGCUACGGAUAGGAAGCGGCUUUGUGAGUUCUUUGAAUCCUUGAAAUCGUCCAGCUUUGCCAAACCCUUUUUAACCCUUGUAUCGCUUGACAUGUUCCCUUCAUACUCGUCGAUCGUUCCAUACCCGAUGUCGUUGAAUUUAAUAAUCGACAGGCUUGAUGGCAACUUUUAUCGCAGGAUCGAAGCCCUCAAAUGGGAUUGCAAUUUAAUAUUGUCGAAUGCCAUGCUUUUCAACGAAGACUCUUCUGACAUCAUAAAAAAGGCCUCAAUUUUGCACGAAAAGCUGAUCGCCUUUAUAGAUGAACAUGUAAAGCCGACAAAGAAAAUCUCGGAUCGCGCAUUGGAGGCCAGAUUUGCGCGAUACAGAUUCAAAGAGCAGACACUUACUUUCGGCUCAAAUCUUGUGGCGACGUCAAAAUUGACGUCGCCAAGACGCUCGGAUAGGCUGACGAAGCCUGAUGUCGUGCAGUGUGUCUCUAAAAGACCCCUUCACAGCUCGGCCAACAGCAGCUCUGCAAAGCCAGAUCAAGACAAGUUUGUCAUUGUCCCUAGAAGAUCGAUAAGGAUUUUUUCCCUGGGCACUGCCGAUGUGGGGGCCGGAAAACCCUUGGGCGACGAGCCCAACAACAAUAGACUUUCAAGCUCCAAAGACUUGCCCUUUUCGUCUGCACCGCCGCCCCCCGGAAAGAAAUUCUCUGCAAGCCAAGAGAGGGACUUUAGAAGGACAUCCUCGCGGCUUUCCGAGAGCCUUUCGAAAUCCAGAAUUGGUGUUGAAGAUUUUUCAAUCAACUCUUCCGAUGUGGAGGAGCGAGCCUUUAGACCAAGACAAAGGACCUCCAGAAAAGCGAUCUGA